UCUUGUCUGCAUAGCUGCAGGAGUUUGGUUGGAACUGCGUACGGUCCAGUUUUCAAUCGUCAAGGUUGAAGAUGAAGGCCAUUGGAUUUGCCGCGGGCACAAUUGUGCUAAUGAUUGCCGCAUGGGUGAUUUAUGAGAUGAACUCGAGCUCGGUCACGCCCACGUUGGAAGGACAGCAGCAGAAGAUAAUCAACACUGCACUGACCAAUAGGAACACUUUGAAGAAUGUGAGCACAGUCUCGGUGAAGCCCACAGUGCAAGGAAAGGAGCAAAAGAAGCCACUCAACACUUCACUGACCACCGAGAAACCAGAGAUCGAUGUGACCUCAGUCUUGGCGAAGACCACGGUGCAAGGACAGCAACAGAAGCUGCCCAACACCACACUGACCACCAAGACACCAGCGCUGAACGUGACCUCAGUCUCGAAGCUGCCCAACACCACACUGACCACUAAGAAACCAGCGCUGAACGUGACCUCAGUCUCGAAGCUGCCCAACACCACACUGACCACCAAGACACCAGCGCUGAACGUGACCUCAGUCUUGAAGCUGCCCAACACUACACUGACCACUAAGAAACCAGCGCUGAACGUGACCUCAGUCUUGAAGCUGCCCAACACUACACUGACCACUAAGAAACCAGCGCUGAACGUGACCUCAGUCUCGAAGCUGCCCAACACAACACUGACCACUGAGAAACCAGCGAUGAACGUCACCUCAGUCUUGGUGAAGCCCACGGUGCAAGGACAGCAGCAGAAGCUGCCCAACACCACACAGACCACUAAGAAACCAGCGGUGAACGUGACCUCAGUCUCGGUGAAGCCCACGGUGAACGGACAGCAGCAGAAGCUGCCCAACACUACACUGACCACUAAGAAACCAGAGAUGACCGUGACCUCAGUCUCGGCAAAGACCACGGUGCAAGGACAGCAGCAGAAGCUGCCCAACACCACAAUAACCACUAAGAAACCAGCGCUGAACGUGACCUCAGUCUCGAAGCUGCCCAACACCACACUGACCACUAAGAAACCAGCGAUGAACGUGACCUCAGUCUCGAAGCUGCCCAACACCACACUGACCACUAAGAAACCAGCGCUGAACGUGACCUCAGUCUCGAAGCUGCCCAACACCACACUGACCACUAAGACACCAGCGCUGAACGUGACCUCAGUCUCGAAGCUGCCCAACACCACACUGACCACUAAGACACCAGCGAUGAACGUGACCUCAGUCUCGGUGAAGCCCACGGUGCAAGGACAGAAGCAGAAGCUGCCCAACACCAAACUGACCAACAAGAAACCAAAGAUAAGGCGUGAGGUGCGAAGAAAGGACAAUCCUUUUGACUGAGUACCACGAAGUGUAAUUUCUCUCUGGGUGGUUGAUUGAUUGUAUUUUAGGUUAUUUGGUCAAAGUCAAAUAUGAAGGUUGUCCAGUU